GGGAAGGGAAUUGUAAGAUAAAAGUCGAUAAACCUCCAAAACCCCUCCAUCACUCGGCCAGUGCUUUUCCCUAACCAAAUACAUGAGAAGCUGAAUUCCGCAGGAAAGGGAUGAGCAGGGCUUCUACUCUCUUCCAAUUGUGGCAGACCCCAAUCAGAUUGCCGCUCGCAAUCUCUAAAAUUUCAAAAGGUCCGCACUUGAUACCGAGUGCCAGAAGUUAUCCAGUACAGUGCUUCUGCAAGGAAAUACAAACUAGCACAUACGAAGUUGUCAAGGGAAGCUAUGUACCUUCACCUGUUGUAAAACCAGAGAGCAAGGCGAAGGAAAAAUCACUCGAAAAUCUUGAAGAUGUUGGUGCAUUCCAAAAGCUACCCAUGGUGAUGCCGUCUGUUGACAUUCUGUACUCAGCACUAAGGAAGGCUAAGAGGAUUACACCAACAAAGGGUAUUGCCAAUAUUGCAAAGCGAGAGAGAAAUAGAGGUGCAAGGCAACUUGAUGCAUUGAUGAAAGAAUUGGCAAUUCCGUUGAGAACUUAUUCAGAGAAUUUUCCAAAUAAAAAGUAUCUUCACCCUUACGAACGGUCUCUUAUUGAAUUAACUCUUGGGGAUGGAAAUUAUGAACAGGUGUUGGGAAAGGUUGAUGCUUUGAGGAAGAAGGUUGUGUCUAUUGGAAAGGAACAUGCAUCUCUUUGUGCUAAGUCAACGACGAAGAAGGAAGCAGAGGCAAGACUAACUGAGGGUAUAAAGAAAGUCGAAGAGACAUUUAAUCGUGAAGGAAAACAUGUCGAUGAUUUGUUACACAUAGCCAAGACCCUGCGAGCAAUGCCAGUAGUUGAUCUAGAAGCACCGACACUGUGUCUUGUUGGAGCUCCUAAUGUCGGGAAGUCAUCUUUGGUCCGUAUACUCUCUACUGGGAAGCCUGAGAUCUGCAACUACCCAUUCACAACAAGAGGAAUACUAAUGGGUCAUAUUAUUUCAAGCCAUCAGACUUUUCAGGUGACAGACACUCCUGGCCUGCUGAAGAGAUGUGAUGAGGACAGAAAUAAUUUGGAAAAAUUGACACUUGCUGUCCUCUCACAUUUACCGACCGCAAUUCUCUAUGUCCAUGACCUCACUGGGGAAUGCGGGACCUCACCUUCUGACCAGUUUGUCAUAUACAAGGAAAUAAAGGAGAGGUUUGGUGAGCAUCUGUGGCUUGAUGUUGUGUCCAAAUGUGAUCUGUUGCAAAAGUCUCCAGUGCUAUUUGCCACUGAUAAUGGUGAUGAUUCUGAUCUUAAGCUGGAAAGGUACCGGAAGUUGGGUCCCGACGGAGCUAUUCAUGUGUCAGUGAUGAAUGAAGUAGGGCUCGCCGAGUUGAAGAGUAGAGUGCAUGAGAUGCUGGAUUCUCAGAUGACAAGGAUCCAAGUUCAAGAAAGCAACAAAGAAAAGCUUAAAGUUGUUAGUUGACAACUUGAGAGAGCAUUUUCUGAAGUUCAAAAGAGAAACCAAUUGAGUACGCUGCUUCCGAACAAGCCGAAGUCUGAAGACCUGUAGCAUGCAAGUGCUUGUAUAUAACACACUGCUGACUUCUCACACUUUUUUGGUCCCUUGUCAUCGUGAUGAUCUAUUUAGGCAUCCAAGACGAUUCGGAGAAGCUGAGUUGAUUGCCUUA